AUGGAGGAGGAGCUGGGGCUGGAGCUGGGCGUGUCUCCGUCGCAGACACGCAUCGGCAACGCCCACUCCUGCUCCUCCCUCCUCCGCCUUGAGCAGGAGGCCAAGCGCAAGAAGCGGGCGCAGCAGCAACAGCGCAAGGCCGUCGACAUCAUGCCGGUAGGGCGAAGCAGUGAUGACGUGCUGGAUCUGACCAAGUACACAAAGAACCAGCCAUGGUGGCGCAAGCUCUUUGCACCCAACUCAGGGUCCAGUGCAGAGAAGUACAACGUAGCAACCCAGCUAGCACUCGGAGGUGCCACUGGAUGGUGCACUGGCUUCAUCUUCCAGAAGGUUGGGAAACUGGCGGCGACUGCUGUGGGAGGUGGCUUCUUCCUGCUUCAGCUUGCAAACCAUACAGGCUACAUCAAAGUGGACUGGCAGAUGGUUGAACGGGAUGUGAGCAAAGCCAAAGAACAGCUGAAGUUUCGUAGGAGCAGCACCAAUCAGCUGACACCAGAAGUGAAGAGCCAAAUGGAUGAGGUGAUCUCCUUUCUGAAGAAGAAUGUUCUCCUGACUGGAGGAUUUGUUGGAGGGUUUCUGCUUGGCAUGGCUUCUUAGGAGCCUCCUCUGAUCUGGCUCCUGUGCUGCUGCUGCUGCUGCUGCUGCCACCGCCAUCUCCUACUCAGUAAUCGUUCAUUUUCUCCAUUGCUGAACUUGUCCGCUGGAACAUUCUGACAUCUCUUUGUAUGCACCUUAUGGCCUCCAGAAACACUGCCACAAGCUCUUUUUCCUCCUCUCCUUUUUCAUUUGAUUGAUUGGUCAGUGGUUGAGAGGUAGCAUUAGGCUGAAGGCUGUUUACUGCGAGACUGAUUCCUACCCCAGCCUGAUAUGUCAGGUUUUGUAUAAUCAUCCCCAUAUUCUUUUGCAGUGGGAAAACAUGCACAAAAUGUUAUGAUAGUACCCUGCAGGGGAGCACCCAACUCCCUUGUAGGCACCUUCUCAUUGUGUUGUACUCCCUGGGUGGCAAAGUGCUUUGGAUCAGGAGAGCACAGAAGCUCAGCAGCAUAAGGAGAGGGUGUGCCAGAGCAUGUCUCAAAAUUACCUACAUCUAGUUUUGGCUUAUUCUUCCCUGGACAGGCUCUGAAUACUGCUUCCUAGCAAUGCCAGCAGAAGAGAGAAACAGGUCUUCCUGACACCUCCCAAACUUAUUUUUACCUCUUGCUGAAGCCACAGAGCUGGAAUGAUCUGUGGAAACUCUGACUGCUGCGUGGGAUUUCUGCCAUCCUCUCCUGCUAAAGGAGACCUGAAAAGCUUGUAGUGGGUGGGGUGAACCCUCUUCCCAGAAUAUGUUUUCUGAACACUCACUUGAUUAUGGUUCAACUAAACUUUGCUCUUGGCGGUAGAAUGCUAAAAUAAUGACUGGAGUUGGAAAGCUUUCUACAUGACUCACACCAUUGGUAGCAAAAGUUACUGGAUUAUGGGGAUGGAAUGCUGUGCUGCUGCUGGAGCCUCCUGCUCUGUCUUUUAUGGACCUCCAGCUCCCCGAAAUGUACGGAGGAAGAGCUGGGAGGGUCUGCUGGUGCCCUCCAGAUAUUUUGGUCUUAGCAGCCCCAGCCAGCAUAGGCAGUAACAAGGGGAGUUGUAGUCCAAAAUAUCUGCAUGGUACCACAUUGGGGAAAGCUUUUCUAGAUCAUGAGUACUGCAUGAGAGAUGUGACUCUUGCCCCACAAACUGAAGAUGGAGAAGUAAUGGUUGGCUUAUAUUGACAGAAGUUGAUUUAUCUCUGCAUGAGUUGCAUUCUGGACAGAAGCCUGCACUUUUCAUAUCUGCUCCAGGAGCACUUAAAGCUGAAUUUUUAAUACGUGUUUUUUUCCUCCUGCAGUCCCUACCUGUCUGUUACAAUAUACAUGUACAAAUUAAAAUGAUAUCCUGAGCUACGUUUAUAAACAAACAGAUUUAUUAUAGCAGAAGCUUUAAUGGUUCGGAGCAGGAAUAGGAACCCAUGGCUCUCCAGAUGGAGCUGCACUGCAGCUCCCAUCAUUCCAUCAACUACGCUGGGUGACUGAUAGAAGUUGGAGUCUGGCAACUUCUGAAGGGGUUCUCCAGCCCUGGCUUUUAAAAAUACUACUCUUGUUAGUUCAUUCUUGCAGAAGACUGCCCUGCAAUUUAUUUAUUUAUUUAUUAAAGGUAUAUACCAUCCUUCAUUCAGAGAUUGCAGGGUGGUUUGUGGCAUAAAAAUACAAAAUGGAAACACAAUCUAUAUAACAUAUUAACAAAAAAAAACCCAAUCCCUUUCCCCCCAAACACAUUUAAAAGGCCGUAAAUUGUUUAAUCAGCCAAAGGUGCUUUCACCUAGCACCUAAAGAUAUGUAACGAAGGUGCCAGGUAAGCCUCUCUGGGAGUGCAUUCCACAGAUGGGGAGCCACUGCAGAGAAGGCCUGUUCUCAUGUUGCCACCCUCCAGACCUCUUGAGAAGGGGCCACAUGAGGAAGGGCCUCAGAUGAUGCUUGCAGAGUCUGGGUCAGUUCAUAUGGGGAGAGGUGAUCCUUGAGGUAUUGCGGUCCUGAGCUGUUUAAGGCUUUAUACGUCAAACCCAGGACUUUGAAUUGGGCCUGGAAACAAAUUGGUAGCCAGUGCAGUCAGGCCAGGAUUAGUGUUGUAUCCUCAAACCGUCUUGCUCAGGUGAGCAACCUGGCUGCUGAAUUUGGCAGCAGCUGAAGUUUCCAGAGGCCCCUUGAGCCUCAAGAAACAGCAGUGGGUCCAGGAGUACCCUCCACAGCUACGUCCCUGCUCCUUCAGAGUGCAGGAAACCUCCCAUCCUGGUCUAGUGAACCACCCACUAACAGUGCCUCAGUCUUAUCUGGAUUUAGCUUCAUUUUGUUAGCUCUCAUCCAGUCCAUUACCGAGGCAAGACAAUGAUCCAGCAUAUCCACGGCCACAUUUGCAGAUGUAAAGGAGUAGUACUGUAGAGUUUUGUGUGAGCGGCAUAUUGCUGACAGUGUACUCCAAAACUCCAUACGACCCCAUUCAGCAGUUUCAUGUAGAUGUUAAAACAACAUGGAGGAUGAAAUCAAACUCUGUGGAACGCAUAUUGAAGUUUCCAUGGGGCUGAACAGCACACCCAAGUAUCACAGUCUGAAACGUCCAUCCAAGUAGGACAAGAACCACUUCAAAGCAGUGCUGCCCAUCCUUACCUCAGACAGCUGCUCCAGAAGGAUACCAUGACUGAUGGUAUAAAAAGCUACUGAGAAGUCAAGGAGAAUUCACAAAGACAUAUUUUCCCUGUCUCUCUCCUGACAAAAGUCAUCAUACAGGGUGAGUAAAGUGGUUUCUGUGCUAAAGGUGGGCCUAAACACUGAUUGAAAUGGAUCGAGUAAAUCAGUUUCCUCCAAGAAAAUGGAUCUGGUCUGUGACCACCCACUCAAAAACUUUGUCCAAGAAGGGGGACAAGGAUAUUGACAAGCUGUAAUGUAGAGCAGGGCAACCAAGAUGAUCAAGGGUCUUGAAACCAAGCCUUGUCAGGAAUAGUUGAGAGUUGGGUAUAUUUUGCCUGGAAAAGGGUCUGAGAAGAGAUUUGAUAGCUGUCUUCAAAUACCUAAAGGGCUUGUUUUCUUCUGAUCUGGAAGCUAGGACUGAAACAAUGGUUUCAAGAUACGAGCAAGUAGAUUACGACUAAAUAUCAGGAGCUUUCUUGUGGUAAGAGCUGUUCAACAGUGAAAUGGACUCCCUCAGAAGGUGGUGGGCUCUCUUUCAUUGGAGGUCUUGAAGCAGAUUUUUGAUGGUCAUCAGUUAUAGAUGGUUUAGUUUAAAUUCUUGCACUGCAGGGGGUUGGACUAGAUGAGCCUUGGGGCCCCUUACAACUCUGUGAUUCCAUGACCCCAGCUCCCAUCAAUCCCAUCCACCAGUGAAUGGUGAGGAAUGAUGGGAGUUAGAUUUCAACAAUAUCUGGAGCACCACAGAUCUAAGGAAUAAACAGUAUAUUUGGGAGCUGCUUUAUUGCCAAUCUCAUUUAUUUUUUGACUUUAUCAGGAUUUCAUUGCCUCUCGAGCGAUGAUUAGAAGAGCCAAUCUGUUAAGUGGCCACCAGAGGGUGCUAAAAUAAUUGUGCUGGCCUCCAGGUUGGAAACACACCCACAAAAACUCCAGCAGCUACCCACACUUGAGUCUAGAAAACUGCUAAAAGUUUUAAAAUGUUUUUAUAUAUUUAAAUGUUUGAGGUGAGAGUUUAAAAUAAACUGGUUUUGCUGUA